GGUAGUUAGGUGCUUGCUAAUUGGUCAAAAAGUUUUGGCUAGAGAGUUUUGGAUUUGAUUUGAUUGUAAAUCUUAUUACUUAGAAAAGUAAUCGUAUACAUUUGAGUUACAAUUCAUGUAGCAGAAACCGUUUCAGAGGAGUUACAUGUCAAAAUGUAAUAUUUAAGAUUAGGGUUUGUUGUUCAAAUCUCUAACCUUAAUAUGAGCACUACUAAUAGUAAUACUAACCACUAACGGAUGACUGUCUAUUCGCACACAACCUUAAAGUUUCACAAUUUACACUUCUGUUUUCAGACUUUGGUAGUCUUUGGUUACAGGAAUGUAAAUAGGGGUCUACAAGCUACAAGAUAUUUCUAGGAGUCAACAAACGCUGUUGCAAGCUUGUCAGACUAGCCACCUCGACUACGUAAUUUCAUCUUAAAAGAGGUGGAAAGUCCCUGCCAGUGAAUUCAAGUCCUAAGAACUUUGGCCAAUCAGUUUGUCCAUACAGCCAACAAAAGGAAGUGACUUCGUGACACAGAAAAAGACUACGCCAAUGUGGUCCUUGAGAGGAAAUGACUUGCACUGUGCAUGAGCCUGAGAUCACAGGCCGUCUCCGCUUGCCUCCGCUCUAUCAGUCGUGCCUGAACCCUCAACAAACUCGCUCAACUUCCGACUGUACGUCAAGCAUCAACCAGGGAACAUGGUGACAAACACCAGCCAGUACGAAUGGCUCUUUCUGUGAAAAAAAAGCGUUCCUUUGGUCAUUUGCAACAGUCGCAUACGAAGAUGUGCAUCCAAGAUUUCUGUAACAAGUAAGUAUGCGGGUUUCUUCGCCUUUGUGUUUUUGUAGUCCUCCUAGAAAUCAAUAAUCGGAUAGUUGACGAUGGUAUUGAUUAUUUGCUGUUUAAGCCUCUUUUUGAUUUGACUAGUGCAUAAAAUAUUAAAAUCGCAAAGCUAUUGUAAAACAGUUAGUAAUUCCCACAAGUUUGAGGAUUACUGCAGUUUGUGGACUAGUAUUGUGCUAGACCAAAAAGUAAAUGUGAUUGUGAUUUCUUGUGGAUUUUAAGUACAGUAAAAAUGUGGGUAGUUUGUGGUGAAGGACUGAAGCGCACCCACAUGGUGCCCACAAAAUACCAUAGUGCUUAUGAGUGUUAAUCUAUAGUUUGACUCCAGGUAAAAUGUAAGAUGUGGAUUAAAUGUAAAGAAAAUGUCCUUUUUUUUUUUUCAUUCAAUACGUUUUUUUUGCAGGGAAAAUCCCUACCAUACUCAAGGCCGCAAAAUGUACUUUACAUUACACCUUUACCGCUAAACUCCUACCUCAUGUAAAAUGUGUUUACAUGACCUUUUCAGUCUGGAUGCACAUGCAUCUGUACACAUUAGAAUAUGGGGGCGAAUCCAACUGACUGUGAAAAAAUGUUGUUAUAACUAACCUGUGUGGGCAGAUGUUUGAGACAGAUGUCAUGUGCCAUUGAUGGAGGCUGCGUUUCAUGCCUCAUCUCCUGUUUUAUUUUAAAGCCUUUUUUCCGUUCUUAAGUGAUGUGCACAUAUUAGGAGGCAGGAAAUGCAGGAAGGAUGUAGAUGCAGAGCAAAAAUAAUAACGGCAACUGCUGCCCACAGACUCUUCUCUUACCUUUGGUUUGUAACAUGCAUUAACAUAAGAGAACGGCGCCCUCAGUGAGAAAACUUUGCAUAAAUAGAGAUAAAUUUGUUUCAAAGAUAGGGAACACUAUUCACUAUUAACUAUUAGCAUGCAUAUUACUAACACAUUGACUGUUCAUUUGUACUUAUAAGGUGCUAUAUUAAUGACUUAUUCUGCGUGACCAUAUUCUAGAUCCCUUAACCCUACCUUAUACCUAAACACUACAACAACUACCUUACUUAAUAUCAAUAAGCAGCAAAUUAGGGGUUAAUUGAGGGAAAACUUUUAAUAGUGUUAAUAGUGGAUAUGUGUUCCCUAUUCUAAAGUGUUACCAGAAUAUAUACUUUUAUAUUAGUAUAUAAUGGGUUUAAGCAUAUUAACCUCGUAUAAACAUGUUUUUGAAGCAGCACAAAGUCUGUCCACUGUGUACUUGUUUAUUUUUUCAAAGAACUGUCUAUUUAAGGUCACAUUUAAUGUUGUUCGAUGAAAUGAUGAAAUUCCGCUAUUUCAACAGAAAUUCACACGAUCAGGAAUUUCGAGGGUGAAAGAUUUCCCCACACAGAUUUCGCAACACGUUCAAAGUGAAAUUCAUUGCACAGACCAGCAGAAAACUGAACUUCCAAAGUUGACUUCUGGGCACAUUAAAAAAAAAUAAUAAUAAUAAUAAUAAUAAAAAAAAUAGAUAUAUAUAUAUAUAUAUAUAUAUGUAUAUAUAAACAGUAUGUUUUAAAAGAAAAUACUAUUUCAGUCUUUCUACAUCAAAAUUUCAUUUUAAUUCAAUGUAUUACUUGCCAUUUCUCUGUAAUCGUGAAGUUUAUUUACUAGCAAUUUCUGAGUGAAAAUUGUUUUCACAUUAAAUUUUAUAAUAUUAACAACAGACCUGUUUGCCCAUAAAAUUUCACUGAGGUGACCACACAGGAAGAGACUGUUUGAUUGACAUGUUCAAUGACCGACAAGAGUUUGUUUAGUUUGAUGUAUCAUUUAGGACGGCUGAAAGUCAAAUUAUUGAUAAUACCCUAAAAGACCAUCAUGGAAAAUUACUCUGACCCGGCCAUCCGUGAACAGCUGUAAAAAAAAUCACCAGAAAGAAUUAGCGGACAAGUACCAGAUAUAGUGGAAUGUACAGACAUACAUAAGUGUACUUGCUGUACUGCUAAUAUUUCAUGCCACUAACCUGACAAAUUCCGAUUAGUUCAUCCUCAGUAUCACUCUUUUCCCACAUACGGUUAACCAUACAAUAUGUGGACUAGUUUUAACAGGUGUUUUAAUGUGACACCCAGCUGUGCUAAUAACAUUUAAUACCUUGUUCUAUUUUUUUACAGGGGAUUUACACACUGACUAAAGACUAGACAACUAUUAGCUGUCACAACUUUGCUUGACUAAGAAAUUUCAAGUGAAACACCAGUUUAAGUGAAGAUAGAGUAUUUGUGAAUAUAUUAGCUAGCCACUGGCUUCGCUAACUCUGGUGAACUGGACAAAUAAGAUUUACUAUCAGAUCAAACUGACAUUCAUUUAUCACUUCUUUUAGUCACUUUGUCUGGUUGCUAGAUGAUGUGUUUUAUCCAGUCAACUAGCUUAAAGUGACUAUCAGCAUUCAGUUUAGGUAUUUUUGGAUGCCGGUUAGAAGCUAAAAAGCUAGGCAUGCUAACUGGAAAGUGUUUAUAUUUACAGGUUUAUUGAAUAGUUUGAUCUGUUGGUGUAGUAGUUUUAUGAAGGUCUUAGCUUCUAUACGUUGCCUAGUAAGUCAGUACUGUGUGGCAGUCACCUCUAUACAUUAAAUAUCACCUGAUCGUGUGUUAACAACACGCAGCAUGUUAUUAUGCUCACCCACACCUUAAGUGCAAGCAGGUCGAGUUCUGGUCAUUGUGGAUGGAAACAUUGUUAAAAUGUCUCAAGCAGUAAACAGUCUUGUGUGGAAAGUCUGACAUGCCACUGAGGUACAAUAUAUAUAGUGGAAAUGUAUACUAUUCACUUCGCAGGUUCCUGGUCUUAUUGCGAAUAGUGCUAUUCCAAAGAAAAAUACUUUUACUUAUAAUCUUAAAUCAAAUUGUGAUAACUUGCAAAGUAACUUUACAUUUCUUACAUUUCUACAUUGGCAUCAUAAUAAUGUGGGUGGGGAAAAUAGCCAAAUAUGUUUCAGUUCCCUUCUUCUUGUGGACUGGCUGACUUGAAUUCUUGUGCUUUCAAGAAGGGGGAACAUUAGAGUGAAUAUUGUGGUUGUGUGUGCAUUCGUGAAUUCCUCCAAGACGACCAUAUUUACUUCUUCCAUAUUUACUUCUUCAUUUCCCACAUUUCUGGUUAUAUACGCAUGUUAUUCCACACACAAGAAAAAUUACAAAAUUGUUAUCAAUUAUUACAUUAGCUCCCCCUCUGAAAGCAGCGUGGCUCCAUUCCGGUACAUUAAGCCCACUUUUCUUGAUCCAUUUAAUGAUCCGGUUCUGUACUAAAUUGUACCCUCUGAAAUGCCUCUCGUUUUAAAAAUAAAACAUAAACUGUGUUUGACCUCUUAGCACUUCAUGCUUAUCAACACAUGAAGUUACGUUUCUAGGCUCAGGAAGUUGUCAAGGCUAAAAUCUUCGCCACCCCACCCUGCUUUUUUGUUUGAGUUUCUAUAGAGCAUGACCAUCCUGUGUCUGAUUACCGUCUGUGUUUAUGUUCUUCUGGAGAUUUAAGAUUAAUAUUUCAUAGCUUAGAGUAACCCGUAUGUUUGUUUGCAUUGGAAGGGCAUUACUGGGUCAUUCUGAGUAAUACUUGAAUACUUGACUAGUUUUUUGGUUACACUUUAUUUUAAGGUGUCCUUAUUACAACGUAAUUAUAUAAGUAAGUAUAAUGAGUAAUAUUAAUUUAAAAACAUGUUCUUACAGUAGGGUUUGGAUUAGGGUUAGCUGAAUGUAAAUUUGCAUAAAUACUGUAAUAAUUAAAUGCAACAUGUAAAAAGGACACUGUUAAAAAAAAGUGGGUUACACUUUAUUUUAAGGUGUCCUUGUUACAGUGUAAUUAUUAUACAUUUAAAUACUGAGUAAUAUUAAUUAACUACGUGUACUUAUUAUUUGAAUAGGGUUUGGCUUAGGGUUACUUGCAUGUAAUUAUGCAUCAUUAAUUGUUAUUAUAAUAGUAAGUACAUAUAGCACGUGUAAGAAGGACACAAAUAAUGUUACCAAAAAGUGUUUUUGGUUUUUUUGUAAUGUUUAGUUGGAAGUGCAUGGAAUUUACCACAGGGACAUGUAUAAUGUAAACAAAAUAGUAAAUAUAAUGUAGUGGUUAAUUUGUUGAGAAAAGAUUUAAAUACAAACUCAUUUUACAUGUUUUGGAUGUGGAUCAAAAAUUUAAUAAGACAAGAACGCAUUUCGGUUUUAGGACAACUUUGAUGAAAGGUUUUGAUCCACUAGUGUAAUUCAAACUUAAUUUUAUAUUGCUUGAAGCACGUAAGAAAUGUCUUAAAUUGUUGAGGUUUAAAAAAGCAAUGAAACACUAUAUAUUAUAAAUAUUUGAAAACCUUUGUUUGCCUAAUAAUUUGUGAUAUUUGUGAAUAAGAAAACACUUUUUGAAAAUAAUUAUAAAAAUGUAUAGUGAGGUGUAAAAAAUAUAUUUAUUUUUACAUUUUUAGAGGCAUUACAUUACAUUUUUUAUUUUAUUUUUAUUUUUUUAAAUAGUGGUUAAGAUGUUUAAGGAGCAUAUGUUGUGUAUGCCAGAUUUUAUUGAAAAUGUUAGAUUUUUAUUUUCUCAAGUUCAAAUAGUAAUAGUGACAACUUGAAGACAAUAUGACUUCUAAGACUUCAAAUAGUCUUAGAAACACUACUGAAAAGAAAAAAAAAAAAAAUUAUAUACAUAAGUGUCAACAAAACACACAUGCCUCUAUCUUGUGUUAAAUGACACCUGAUGUCAAUCAUGGUUGGAAACAUUGAGCAACAGAGAUGAACAGACAGUCUGCUGGUAGAGUUCUUAUGCAGACUCUUUUUAACCUCAUUACAUCAACACUAAAACCUCAAGAGAAAGAAGAACUUCUAUAAGAAGGCAUGUCGCUGCCAGAAACAAGCUACAAUGGAAUUAAAAUACUGUUGCUGGUCUUUUAAUUUUCUUGAAGUGAAGUCUGUAAGAAGGUCAAGAGCAUUUUGCUGACAGUGCCACACUAAACUUCUACUUAACUCCUAAAAAUAGCGUCCCUUUGCCACAAGCACGCUCCUGGACCAUAAUUCUUUGGUUGGAUAUUAUAAUGUCAUGAUGAGACACACUACGCUACCAUUACACUUCUCAUUUAGGUCACGAUUGUCCCAUGGGAUUCUAAUCUCCCCACUCCACCCAGUGUUAGAUGGACUUUCCUCCGUUCCCGUCUGUAUCUGCUGACUGGCACUCAGACGUCCAGUAUCACGGAGAAGCAAUAGCAAAUUCCACUGUGCGCUCCACAGCCCAGGAGGGGCUCGAACUUUCCAGAGGAAAUGUAGGGUUUCCUGUCCUUUCUUUGUCCUGGUCAGAUUCAAGGUUUUUGCUGGAGGUUUGGAGAUAGCUGUGAAUUUUGUGGUGAGACGAGCAUGUCCUCAAACUCUUGAUGGUCUCUGGUUUCUUCUGGCAGUAUGUUGAGAGAGAGUAAAGCAGUGCAGAGCAUCAGAAGAUGUGUCAGCAGAAGAAACAUGGCUGCUACGCCGGUCUCCUGGCCCGUUCCCAUGAGGGCUAUCGGAGCUCAGAAUCUACUCACCAUGCCGGGAGGAGUCGCCACAUCUGGAUAUCUGCACAAGAAAGGGGGCAGCCAGUUCAGCCUGAUGAAAUGGCCUCUUCGCUUCAUCAUAAUCCACAAAGGCUGCAUCUACUAUUUCAAGAGCAGUACUUCUGCCGCACCUCAAGGAGCAUUUUCACUCAAUGGCUACAACAGAGUCUUACGGGCAGCAGAGGAAACAACAUCUAGCAAUGUUUUUCCUUUUAAGAUCGUCCACUUCAGUAAGAGACACCGUACGUGGUAUUUCUCAGCGGCGAGUGAGGAUGAGAGAAGGAAAUGGAUGCGGCACUUAAGAAAAGAAAUCAGCUAUUAUAAUGAUAAAAGAGAUGCGCCUCUUCCAAGUGAUGAUUUAGAUUAUGGGCAGUUAGAGGAGCCGCUGGAAAUCAGUCCUAUUGAAGAAGAUCCUGAAGCAGAUUAUAUGACACAAGAUGAAGACAGCGAUGGAGAUGAUAUAUCACCAGUGUCAGCAGGUCGACCCACGGUUCCUCCUCCACCAUAUCCUCCGCCCCCUGUUCCUGUUCAACCGAGAGAAAUCCGCCUCACAAAAGGCCCGCCACCUCCGCUGCCCCCUCCAUUCAAAAAACCAUCCUGUACAGCCAAAGGUCCUCCUCCACCGCUGCCGUACGCCCCGCACCUAGAGAAACCAGACAUACACCUGUCAAACAGAGGCCCCGCUGGCCCCAUGCCUCCUUUACCCCUGCCAACCAGCAUGAAGCCCAUGACAGGGCCCUUUUCCACCAUGCCUGCUUACGAAAAGAAGCCGAAUGCCUCUCUCAUCGGCAAUACGCCAGCUACUCUACACAUCGUUGAGAACCUGCAGAAAGUGAUUCUGAACUCGUCGAAGCCGUCCAUUUCCGGCCAACACCUGGGGGUGAAGCCCACACCUGAGCCACGGCCCGUCUCGCCUCACCUGUCCGGCUCUGUCAGCAGCAGGGCGCUCAGCCAGAUCCCCAAGCCUCCGUUACCAAGCAAACCGAAACCCAGCAGACCCUCCUUCCAAAGAGCGUCACCAGAUGGACAGAGUUUUCGUUCUUCAAUUGAAGAAAAGCCUUUAAAAAACCGAGUGCAUGGCAAAAUUAAAGAAGACUCAGAUGAUGACGACUAUGAAAAUGUAAAUUUGCCUAACUCUGUCUUCGUGGACACAAUGGAAACCAGUAAUGUUGAAAGAUUAUUUAAGGAUACGUACAACUACCCACCGAACGGUCUGUACUGCAUCCGCAAAUCAGGAACAGGAAAAACAUCACAGGUGCUGGUUGUUUGGGACUCGGGUAUAAACAAAGCCAGAAAUUAUAGGCUCUUUGAGGAGGACCAGCGGGUGUAUCUGGAGGCAGAGCUGACGUUCCCCUCUUUAUCCGCCCUGGUUGAACAUUAUCAUAUCAACCCACUGCCCAGCAGUAACAAUUCAAUGCCCAACUACUCCUUCUGCUUACAUCUACCGUUCGGCUACGACCCACCCAGGUGACAUCGGCCCCCUGUCCCAUGCUGAAACACCCACCCGCUCACUGCUCAGCCGGUGCCCCUCCUGGACCAGACUUCUGCUGACAGCGCCACCUACUGGAGAACGCCACCCAUCACACCCGAGCGCCCAGUCCACUGGAUGCUCUCACUAGUUUGAUAUACUUGAGUAUCAAUGGAUAAUAAAUCCAGUGAACCAAUGGACUGCGUUCAUUUAAGUCCAGGGUUCAGAAGGGAGUCUUACUAUUAAAAUGACAAAAAUCCAGUGAAUUAAACAGUGUUAAAUAGAAAAUGUGCACUUUAGUACUGUACUGCAUAUGUUAGUAUACUGAAGCUUCUUCUGGCUAAGAACUGACUGAUUGGCAUGUAAUGUGAUUAAUCACUGUUUGCAUUGUUGCUUAAACAAAACUUUCAAAGAUUUGAUGCCACUAAACUUUUUUUAGUUGUUUUAGUUGUUAGAAGUUGUUUGUUGGAAAAUUAAGUUUAUUUUUAGGACCAUUAGGAUUUGUGUUACUGUGUUAUUAUUGCAUUUGUGUAAUGCAAUAUUGUAAUAUUUUUUAAAAUAUUAUUUAAAUUCGGAAAUAUUUGGUAGUAUUUUGCUGCCUUUUAUUUAAGCUGAUAAUAGUAAAAAUAAACAAAUAAGUAAUAAUAAUAAAAAGUUGUGAUGUAAGGAAAGCCCAAUAUGCUAUAUAUAUUAUAUAUAUAUAUAUAUAUAUAUAUAUAUAAAUCU